AUGUCGGCGACGAUGGAGGAGAAGAAGUUUCUGAUCACUCCGAUCACCCUGUCGGACCUGGAGACGUCCGCGGCCGCCCACGCAAAUCACACUUAUGAGGGGAGCGAUCCGGAAGAGUCGGAAGACGUGGAGAUUCAGAUGGGACACGACACGGAGAGUCUGUGCGUGUCCGCACGGGGAGAGGACGACGGAGGACGGUCCAUCACACCAAAUACGAUGGCCUACGAGUUCAUACCGCUCAUUUAUAGGUGAGAGAAUCCGAACUUUCCUAGUUCCAGUCCCGGGCCGAUGCAUUCCUUUAUGACUUUCAGCGAACCGGCGCUCUUCAACAUGCCCGACAUCGCCUACAACCUCCAAAAGUCGUUCGCCGCCAGCGACACACUUCUGCCGCACAUGAGAGUGGUGGCGGACGAGAUGCGCAACGCUUCCGCGUCCGUCACCGCCGAGCCGGAGCCCAGUGUUUCGCACGCGCCGAGCGUGAUCACGGUGACGGCGGAGGGCGAAAAGAACAUGUACCAAUCGGACAUUUCCAUGUACGGGUGAGUACUAACACGGAACCGCCGACCGCCUCUAAUCCCCAACCACAUCCGCCCUGCUCAUUGGCUCUCAGCGUGCUCAACUCGUUCUAUUUUCAGCCGUCAAGGCCACAAGCCCUCUUUUUCGACGCGUGAGAUCCGUGAGCAGCACCAGAAAGUGCAGCAAAAGUAUCGUGACGUGACGAAAAAAGAGCGAAAAGAGGGAAAGCCGACGGAUCCGAUCGAUUUCGAGGGAAUCCUCAACAUCAUCGGCGGGUGUCGCUGGUGGCAGAUUUGGAUUUACGUGCUGAUCGCACUGCAACAGAUUCCGCACGCCAUGUUCAAUUUGAACGUCGUCUACAUGAUGUACGACCCGGAAUUUCAGUGCAUGGUACGUGAGGGAACACCGUCUCAAUGGCUAUUGUAGGAAUGCAACGUUUCCUGUUUCAAUGACACGUUGUAUAGUUUCACUUGGAAACGCGAGCGCUCUUCUAAUAUCUGGAAAAAUUUUUGAAAAUCUACUUCAACAUUAAAAAUUACCCCCCCGGGAACAUGUUUUGAGGGAUUAGACGAGUCUCUUCAGGUUCCCGGCUUCAACGACACCAACGACACGUCGAUCGCCUCUUUGGGACCGUACCUAUGGGGCGUCGAUGACAUCAAGAACAUCUCGUUCGUCUUUCCGAACGCCAACAGCCAAGGCGACUACAAACGGGACUCGGUAGGCCAACCGAACCCCUCUUCUACCGUACCCACCCCCCACCCCCUUUCCAGUGCUACUUCUACGAACGCUCCGAAGACCGCUACCGUCAACUGCGUCGGAUGCCCCUACACACGGCGAUGAAAGAGGCGUGGAAGGACGUGGCGCCGAAGAGAAAGUGUCAAUCGUAUCACUUCGAGAAGGACGUGAUGAUCGAGACGAUCGUCACCGACUUUAACCUGGUGUGCGAUAGUUGGCUCGCAAAAGGACACGCCCACAUGUUCUACUCGAUCGGAUACUUGCUCGGGUGUGUGUUGGGUGGAAUCGCCAGCGACAGGUCAGUCUUUUACUGUUUCACAAUGAUCACUUCUAGAUGUUUGUUAGGAUUAUUAAACUCGCUCAAUUUCUAAUAGAGUCUUCUGCAGAAUUGGCCGUAAACCGACAAUAAUCGGCUUCGGCAUCCUCUCCUCCAUGUUCGGCGUCUUCCUUCCGUUCAACGACUACUACCCCAUGUUCCUCUUCAUGCGUCUGCUCUCGGCCAUCUGCAACGAAGCGGCCGACCUCGCCGCCUACACACUCUGUAUGGAAAUCACGGGAAUGAAGUACCGCGCGAUGGUCGGCUCGAUGCUCCAGGCGCCGUGGGCUCUCGGCUACGCGCUUCUCGCGCUCAUCGCCUAUUUGACAAAGAGCUGGAAGACUAUUCAGGUGAACAGUUUUUUUGCUGUUUCAAGAACCUUUCUAAAGAAGAUCUCUUCCCUUCAUUUGAUCUUUAUUCUCUCGAACACUCUCAAACUUGGGUAAUUAAACCAUGAAUUAACAUUAUAACAGACGAGGAGACGAUAGUAAUAACGCCUACUCUCAAGCAACAAUUUAACUUAAAUAAGAGUCAUUACUACAAUUGAGAACGAAGGAAAUGAGUGGGAACUAACACAAGAGAUCUCAAUCGAGCAGUAAACAGCUCACUGAAACACCUAGAAUUGGCGGGCUAAAGCUUGCGUAUAUUGGCGCGGGGGCGCAUGAUAAUACGCGCAAUUGCGGACUUAGUAUGAAAUAGGUCUGAAGUGGGUGGGGUUGGGGAACAUUUGAUAGGAGGAAGGGGUCAAAGUAUUCUGAGUGCUAGAAGAUCUUGCACACUUUCUUCACCUAUUUGGUUAAUAUUGCAGGUGAUCGCGGCGGGACUCCACUUCCUCUCGAUCAUCUUCAUCUGCUCGAUUCCCGAAUCGCCGCGAUGGCUAAUGGUCCAGAACCGAGUGUCGGAAGCGGAAGAGGUGAUUCGGAAGGCGUGCCGAGAGCCGCCGUUCCCCUUCAACAUGUGCACCACUUCAAAGUGCGGAAACCUUCCGUCCGACCUCGAAUUGGUGUCCCAUCGCGAGAGGAAGUUGAAUAAAAAGGUACCGAAACGUUUGCAUCCCACAAUUUCCAUGUCUGACUGUCCAGAACGGCGGCAAAAUCAGUUUCCUGGACCUGUUCACAAUGAAAGAACUCCGCUACCGCACCAUCUCCGUCUGCAUUGUGUUCAUGGCGACGGCGCUCGUGUACUACGGACUCGUCAUGGCGCUUUCGGACCAAUCGGCGCCCGGCAGAACCCUCUUCACCGGCUACUUCCAUCUGAACAACGGAAUCGCCGGCGCCAUCGAGAUCCCGACCCUCUUCGCCUGCGUUUGGAUGAUGCAGUUGGGCAGGAAAAAGUUAGUAGAGGCUCGAUCGAUUUAUAGUUUAAAAGUGAAUGAUUUGCAGAGCCCUAAUGCUAACCCUCACCACCUCGGGCCUCUUCAUCAUCAUCGCAAUGCUCUCAAUGACCGCCGGCCAGUACAUGUGGGCGCUGGCGUGCAUGUACUUGGGAAAGAUCGCCGUGCAGGGCGCCUUCAACAUCCUCUACAUUUUCACGAGCGAACUCUACCCCACAGUCAUCAGGAACACGGCCGUCGGCGUCACUUCGAUGGUCGCCCGCUUCGGCUCGGGCCUCUCCUCCUACAUUGCGCUCCUCUCCAACAUUUCGCUGCCCAUCGUCCCGAUGAUCAUCUUCGCCGUCUUCUCACUUUUCGCCGGAAUGCUCGUCUUCGUGUUGCCGGAGACGAGCGAGAAACCGCUGCCGGAGACGUUGGAUGUGAGUUGGAAACAAAAAAAAAGAAAGCGGCUUUCGUUUGAAACUUGGCGCCGCAAUAAAUGGAAAACCGUAAACGUUGCACAGUAAUGAAAUGCCCAUUUAGGACGCGAUAAACUUUCUGGAGCCGACAAAGCAAGUGAACUGUAUGAUUGGCCGAUUCGGAGUGUUCCGCCACCACAAAAUGACGAAAAGUAUCAGUUUGACGGAGAAUCCGAGCUCCAGUGACGUCGCCGAGUGGGUUUUGAGCACUGUUCAGCCGCAAUUUACCGCUUCGUUUUCAGUCUAAAACCAAUGAGCCGCCGAUCUUCGGCCAUCACGCGAAGAAUGGCCGAACGAGCAAGUGUCAUCUAUUCUAGAAAUGUAAGAGGAUUUGAGAGACUCGAAAAACUUUGAUGGACAAUAUCGUUUCAGACGAGUCGCACGAAUUCGAUAGUGCAAGACAUUCAGGACAUUCAAAUUCCAUCGGACCUCAAACUGCCCGAUUUGGUAUCCACCGACGAGUAA